AUGAAACCUAAUUCCGAAAUUCUUUUAUGUUAGAUGUAUUAGCUGGGGCCAGAUAAAUGGAAUUAUGUAGAUAUUGGAUAUACGCAUAUAAAUUCGAAGAACGAAUUGAUAUUGUUGUAAAAGGACACAAGUCAGGAAGUGAUUGUGGUCCCAAUAAAGCAUGAGAAUAAGUUUUGUUUUGAUGAAGAGGAAGCAAUCUAAUUUAGUUUUAAUGAGGAAUAUGCCUUAAGUUUUUAGAGCAGAGAAGGAGCAAUUGGAGUUUGGACUCGCAUUCAAAACAUUUUGGUGGAGAAUGAGGCUGAAGAUUAGGAUUCUAUAGCAUUGACACCGGUUUCUGAAGCAAAUUUGGAGUCUAUAUUGGAAACGAUGAAUACAAUGAUCGCAUAUGGUUCUCAAUCUAAGUAGAUGUUGUCGAAUUAUCUAAUCAAUAAGAAGGACUACUUUGAGAAGUUGAUUAAGUUAUUCCAACAAUUGGAGAAGGACAAUAAUGGGAAGUUAUUACUAAAGAUGUGUUAGAUAGUAAAGAAUAUAGUAACAGUGGCAGAACAUGAAUUGUUUUAAAUAAUCCUGAACGAUUAGAAUUAUUUAUUUAUUUUCGGUGCAUUAGAAUAUGAUACUGAGAUGAACAAGAAGAAUUUCGUACCCCACCGUUAGUAUUUAGAGAAACAUGCUCCAAAUUAAGAGUAAAGAGCGACUUAAAACCAUUCAUUUCAUAUAUCGGCUGCAGUACUUGCGCGAUUGUGGUUUGGCCUACUACAUCGACGAGUGCCAGUUGAUGUUCAUAAAGAUAGUUUUAACAGUUGUUAUGUUGACCUCUUUAAGUACAUUGAAAAUUCGAAGGAUUUUUUGAUAGAAGUCAUAGACCAAUUAAGGAAUUUCAAUUUCUUGGCUUUGAGAUUCCUGAGUGAGAUUUGUUCUGUCUUUAAAGAAUUCCCAGAUUUGAACAAGGUGGUCAUAUAUUAGAAACUCAGUGAAUAUGGAUUGUAUGAGAUAAUAGAAGAUUACAUCUACGAUUCGCUUAAGGGAUUCGAGAAAUACAAAGCCAAAUUAAAGAAACUUAAGUUCAAGAUAUCUGAGGAUGUGUUCACUAAAAUACCAAAUAUGAUAUUGGAAUUGUUAAUUGUGUGUUUGCAGCAUUGUCCCACUAAUUUCAGAUAAUAUGUUAUCAGUGAACAUCAACAAGUACUGAAAUAUCCAUUGUUUAACAUCAUUGUGGACAAUGCUUUCUAAAAUGAAUUGUAUAUGGAAGUAUUGAAAUUACUCAUUGAUAAUAAUUCAGAAGAAUAGAAUGAAACAAUGGAUUUAUUUUUACUGCAAUUCUAUCCAAAAAUCACAUCUCAAAUUUCACAGAAGUCCACCAGAGAAUUCAAAUAUCAAUUCUUAGAGAUCACAUUAGGGUUGGUUAGAGCCAUGAAACCAUAGGUUAAAGAGGCUGUGAUGUAAAAUUUAGUGACUUUGAAAGUUGGGUCCAUCAUAGAGGAAAACUAAAAGUUAUUGUAGACUAAGUGUUUACAAAUAUUAAAGUUGGUUUGUUUGUCUAGAGAUGAGGAUAUCAAUAAUGACAUCAUAAUGACAAUACCCACUUUAAUACAUGUUAUUUUAUCUUAUAACGGGUUAAGGGAGAAUUUAAUAUUUUCUUAAUAUUUAGAAAUAAUAAAAAUCAUCUAUGAAGGAAUAAGCUAAAAAUUAAUUUCAUCUCUAGAAGAUGAAUUGAAGAAAAGAGAAAAAGAAAAAAACUAUCACAGAAUUCAUGACAUUUUCAAGAAUAUAAAAAAUAAUUGCAUGAAAUAAUAAUUCAGUUCAUAAACUCAAUCUUCAAGUCAGAUGCAAUCUAGAUAUAAUGUGGUUGAUGAUGAGAUGGAUUUAUUCAAAUCAGUUCAAGGACAUAGCAGCACUCAUCUUGUUAAAUAAUAAAAGAAACCUGCCGAUUAAGAGGACGAUGUGGAAUUGAUAACUAAGAAAAUAAAGAAAGAUUGA